UCGUGUGUUUACAUCCUCCGCUCAGCUGUUUCUUUCUUCCUUCACUUGGACACGGCGGCUCUUCCUCGCUACUUUACCUUUAGGAAACCGUGCAGCCGGUCAGUUAGUUAGUUACUUAGCGAGUUAGUUAGCACAGUAAACUAGUAGGCGGCCUCUGCAGGAGGCAUUCACGUCUCAAAGUGUCCUGUGAACAUAGCACAGCGCGCUCCGUUACAAGGAGUGAGUUAAUGCGACACCACACUGUCACUUUCUGCCUGGACAUGACUGUUGACGCCUGAGCAGUGACGGUGACGCCGACCAUCUCCAUGUCACUGUGAGUAGGAAUCACUCAUCCCGAGUACGACUUCGCCCCUUGUGUUUCACUUCUUCUUUUUGGCCAUGGGGGGAGCCGUGAGCGCCGGGGAGGACAAUGACGACCUCAUUGAUAAUCUGAAAGAAGCUCAGUACAUUCGCACAGAAAAGGUAGAACAGGCUUUUCGAGCCAUAGACCGCGGUGACUACUAUCUGGACGGCUACCGGGACGGCGCCUACAAAGACCUGGCAUGGAAGCAUGGCAACAUACAUCUAUCUGCUCCAUGUAUAUACUCGGAGGUGAUGGAGGCCCUCAAGCUGCAGCCGGGACUUUCUUUCCUUAAUCUGGGCAGUGGAACUGGCUACCUGAGCACAAUGGUUGGCCUUAUCAUAGGGCCAUUUGGUGUGAACCAUGGAGUUGAGCUCCAUAAGGAUGUGGUUGAAUAUGCCAGAGAGAAACUGGAUGAUUUCAUAAAGAAUAGCGACAGCUUUGAUAAGUUCGAAUUUUGUGAACCGGUCUUUGUGGUCGGAAACUGUCUUGAAAUUGCAACAGACAGUCAUCAAUACGACCGCAUUUACUGUGGCGCCGGAGUUCAGAAGGACCAUGAAAAUUACAUGAAAGUGCUGCUCAAAAUUGGAGGAAUCCUGGUGAUGCCUAUAGAGGAUCAGCUGACCCAGAUAACCAGGACUGGUCAGAGCACAUGGGAGAGCAAAAACAUUUUGGCAGUGUCCUUUGCCCCGUUGAUCCAACAGAGCAGAGCGGAUGGAGAGAAGCCGGACACUGUUAACCUGCCCCCGGUGACUGUCCGCAGCCUUCAGGACCUUGCUCGGAUCUACAUACGCCGCACCCUCCGAAACCUCUCCAGCGAGGACGGCCAGGGCAAGGGGACGGUGCAGAGAGUCCCGCAGAAGCGCAAGCGCAGACGCUGCCGGCGGCGUCGCAUCAACACCUACGUGUUUGUGGGCAACCAGCUGAUCCCCCAAAUGGUGGAGAGCGAGGAGGAGGAGCACGCCGAGGAGGAGCACAAGGAAGUGGAGGAGGAAGAGGAGAGAGACAUUGGUGACAUUGAAAUACUCAAGCAAGUGAACAUCUUGAGAGACCAAAUAAUGGCGUUACCCCUGCCUGAGUCACUGAAAGCAUAUUUGCUGUAUUACAGAGAGAAAUGACUGAUUCCCUGGAUAUCCAUUCUCUCUGGGUGCAGCUCCUGCUGAAAUGCCAUUUUUCACCCUCUUCAGUACAAAUGUAGCAUUAUUUUCAUUAAAUCCAGACGACACAAUUCUUAUGGAAAGACACUUCAUAGGUAAUACUGGAUAAUAAUGUUCUGAUUGUCACAAACCCCGUUAGUUUUUGUUGACUCUUUUGUAGAUAAAAAAAACAACAACAACAACAAAAUAAUGAAAAGUGUAUAUUAAAUGACAUUGUUUCAGAAACUUAUUUCAGAUUUUAUCACAAUAUUUCAGGAUUUCUGCAGAGGUCUGCAGAUUAAGAAUUGGUUCUCAGAAUCUAUAUUUGUUAAAAUACGAUCAUGCCAUUAAAAAAAAAAAGAUAAAAAAGACGUUUAUUGCACCUUUUUUAGAAGCUUUAACUUCAGUGUCUGGCAAUUCAAUGAUGCUGAAAGAGACAAAAGACACAGGAAGUUGAUUACAGCCACAUCUUCCCAUUGAGUUUCAAGAGUGGGACGCUCUUACAUUUAUAAUCAUGACCGGGGACACUUAUGUCGUUACUCUUCUGGAUAUUUUGUUUUAGGUCAACGUGUUUUGUGCGUUCCUAUGACAACAGAGAGACCAGAUUGGUUCAUCGUUUUUUUCUACAGUGCACCUUUUAUUAUCCUAAUGUUUUCUACAAGGUGUGGACACAGAUACGUAGAUACUUGUCUCUCACUUUGCAUAUAAGUAACAUCCUUCCUGUCAUGAUAAGGUGUGGUAGGUCCUCUCUUCUCCACUGUUUCCUCUUCUUUCUUUUUUUUUUAAAUUGUAAAUGCAAACAAUAUAUUGGUUUCAAUAAUCAUUAAUCAUAUCAGUUGUUUAGGAAUAAUGGGGGAAACUGAUGGCAGGUGUUAAAUUAUGGUUCAUAUUUUCAACUUUUGUAGAGGGGAGGUGUUAACCAGUAACGAUUACAUGCAUGAAUAUACUGUGUGUGUGUGUCUUGGGUGUUCCUGACUUCGCUUUACAUGGUAUAUUUGGUCACUGGAGGUGAUGUCCCAAGUGAUCAACUUUUUUAAAUAAAAGAAAAAGACUUUAAAGACCAUUAAUCAAUUUAAUGGCCUUGAGACAUUUUUUUUUUAAUUGAUCAGGAUCAUGGAGGAUUUUGAAGCCUUUUGUAUCUUGGACUGGAGAAGUGUCCAGCAAAGCACCUUAAGCUACAGGCGUCAAGCAAAAAAGAAGGUGCCACUUUUGUUUUGGCUUAAUACUAAAAUCAAAGUACAAUUUCCUUGCAGAACCUUGCUCAUAGUGAUGGCUUUUAAAGUGCCAACAUGCCCCGUCACAUUAGGACGUCCGUGAGAUGUCUGGCACAGUAAACUGAACUCAAAUGAUGCUCUAUAUUUCCACAAAAAAACAUUCCACGGUGAAAGAGGAAACAGCACGUCGCUGAUUGAUGUCACUUUUUCUUCACGCGCUACCAUCACAGACACUGAAGUUUAAUUUCAUCACACUUUGAAUGCAUAAUUUAGUAUUCCAAGAGCUGAGGUGAAUGUUGUCAAUAUUAAUUCUCUUAAUAUAAAUGUGAUAUAUAUGUAUUGUUAUGAUAUGAUUCUGCCUACAGUUUCAUUUGCAUUGGGUUUUUUUUUUAUGUAGCGCCCUCUUGCUGUACUGUAUCUUGACACUGGGAAUUCUGUUAAUCAAAACUCCACUGCUGUCUGUUAAAUAGGUAAGAAAUAUAUAGUGAUAUAGAUCUUCACUUUUGUUCUAGUGUAAUGAAAAAAAACAACGUUUUGUUUGAAAAUGGGGUGAUUCUCUACAAGUAGUUCUUGUGUUUUAAAGAGGUAACAUUUAUUUUCUGUAAAUUCUUUUUGUCUUUUUUGCAUUUUGUUUUUUAUCUGAAAGCUUUGCAGGUAAGCAAUAAUAGAACAAUUAAUCAAAUUAUUAUUACCUAUAAGAAAACAGUCCCAUCUGAUUUGCAUAAUAUCCAUUAAGGCUCAUAUGACCGAUGGUGGGCACACCACAGAUUAUAAACAUUGUCUGAAAUGUAAUUGCUAGUUAGAGAACACAUUAGGCGUAUGAAUCUCAGGUCACAGCCUCCACCAAAGUUAAUAGGAUUGCUGUGACUUCAAUCAAGUUUGAGCACAGAAAUGGUCGCCGGGGAAGUCAUUACCAAGUCUGUGCUCGUAUAUUGUUAAUUUGUUAAGAGCCAAAAUAAUUCUGUUACUUUUUGACCAUGCCUGGGUUGAUUUCUCAUAGUGGGUGUGCUUAGUUCAUUUUGAAAAGAUUUUUUGUUUCUCCGUAAAUGUUUGGCACAAAAAUAAAGGUCUCAAUCACA